AUGGGGAGAUUCAUCUGGUUGGAAGCCGUUCUUCCGCUGGGGAUCAUCGCCGGGAUGCUCUGCGUGAUGGGGAACGCCCAGUACUACAUCCACAAAGCGGCGCAUGGACGGGUGAGGAGAUGCAUCGUUUAUUCUCCUUUCCUCUGUGGAUCCCGUGUCUUGGAUGGCGUCGUUGCCUAUGCCGUUGAGUCUCUGAUGACCGGAUGUCGUGCGUUGCAGCCGAAGCACAUCGGGAAUGACAUCUGGGAUGUGGCGAUGGAGAGGCGGGACAAGAAGAUCAUGGAAACGGGGAAUUAG